CCGCUAGACGAGCCGAUGGCGCGGCCCGGGAGCGUCCGGGAGCCGCUGCUCGUGGCGCUGCUACCGCUGGCGUGGUUGGCGCAGGCGGCCCUGGCGCGCGCGGCGGACUCGGUGCGCCUGGCGGGCGGCCUGACACUGGGCGGCCUGUUCCCGGUGCACGCGAGGGGCGCGGCAGGCCGGGCAUGCGGGCCGCUGAAGAAGGAGCAGGGCGUGCACCGACUGGAGGCCAUGCUGUACGCGCUGGACCGCGUCAACGCCGACCCUGAGCUGCUGCCCGGCGUGCGCCUGGGCGCGCGGCUGCUGGACACCUGCUCGCGGGACACCUACGCGCUGGAGCAGGCGCUGAGCUUCGUGCAGGCGCUGAUCCGCGGCCGCGGCGACGGCGACGAGGUGGGCGUGCGCUGCCCAGGAGGCGUCCCUCCGCUGCGCACCGCGCCCCCUGAGCGCGUCGUGGCCGUCGUGGGCGCCUCGGCCAGCUCCGUCUCCAUCAUGGUCGCCAACGUUCUGCGCCUGUUUGCGAUACCCCAGAUCAGCUAUGCCUCCACAGCCCCGGAGCUCAGCGACUCCACGCGCUAUGACUUCUUCUCCCGGGUGGUGCCACCUGACUCCUACCAGGCCCAGGCCAUGGUGGACAUCGUGAGGGCACUGGGAUGGAACUAUGUGUCCACGCUGGCCUCUGAGGGCAACUAUGGAGAAAGCGGGGUUGAGGCCUUUGUUCAGAUCUCCCGAGAGGCUGGGGGGGUCUGUAUUGCCCAGUCCAUCAAGAUUCCCAGGGAACCAAAGCCAGGAGAGUUCAACAAGGUGAUCAGGAGACUCAUGGAGACGCCCAACGCCCGGGCCAUCAUAAUCUUUGCCAAUGAGGAUGACAUCAGGCGGGUCCUAGAGGCAGCUCACCAGGCCAACCUGACCGGCCACUUCCUGUGGGUCGGCUCAGACAGCUGGGGAGCCAAGACCUCGCCUAUCCUGAGCCUGGAGGAAGUGGCCAUUGGGGCCAUCACCAUCCUCCCCAAAAGGGCCUCCAUUGACGGUUUUGACCAGUACUUCAUGACUCGGUCCCUGGAGAACAACCGCAGGAACAUCUGGUUCGCCGAGUUCUGGGAAGAGAAUUUUAACUGCAAACUGACCAGCUCAGGUACCCAGUCAGAUGAUUCUACCCGCAAAUGCACAGGCGAGGAACGCAUCGGCCGGGACUCCACCUACGAGCAGGAGGGCAAGGUGCAGUUUGUGAUCGAUGCGGUGUAUGCCAUUGCCCACGCCCUCCACAGCAUGCACCAGGCACUCUGCCCUGGGCACACAGGCCUGUGCCCGGCGAUGGAACCCACCGACGGGCGGAUGCUGCUGCAGUAUAUCCGAGCUGUUCGCUUCAAUGGCAGCGCAGGCACCCCUGUGAUGUUCAAUGAGAACGGAGAUGCGCCUGGGCGGUACGACAUCUUCCAGUACCAGGCGACCAACGGCAGUGCCAGCAGUGGCGGGUACCAGGCAGUGGGCCAGUGGGCAGAGACCCUCAGACUGGAUGUGGAGGCCCUGCAGUGGUCUGGUGACCCCCACGAGGUGCCCUCGUCUCUAUGCAGCCUCCCCUGCGGGCCAGGGGAGCGGAAGAAGAUGGUGAAGGGCGUUCCCUGCUGUUGGCAUUGCGAGGCCUGUGACGGGUACCGCUUCCAGGUGGAUGAGUUCACGUGUGAGGCCUGUCCUGGUGACAUGAGGCCCACGUCCAACCACACAGGCUGCCGCCCCACGCCUGUGGUGCGCCUGAGCUGGUCCUCCCCAUGGGCAGCCCCGCCGCUCCUCCUGGCCGUGCUGGGCAUUAUGGCCACCACUACGGUGGUGGCCACCUUUGUGCGGCACAACAACACGCCCAUCGUCCGGGCCUCGGGCCGAGAGCUCAGCUACGUCCUCCUCACCGGCAUCUUCCUCAUCUACGCCAUCACCUUUCUCAUGGUGGCUGAGCCCGGGGCCACGGUCUGUGCCGCCCGCAGGCUCUUCCUGGGCCUGGGAACGACCCUCAGCUAUUCUGCCCUGCUCACCAAGACCAACCGUAUCUACCGCAUCUUCGAGCAGGGCAAGCGCUCGGUCACACCCCCUCCCUUCAUCAGCCCCACUUCGCAGCUGGUCAUCACCUUCAGCCUCACCUCCUUGCAGGUGGUGGGGGUGAUAGCGUGGCUGGGGGUCAGGCCCCCACACAGCGUGAUUGACUAUGAGGAGCAGCGGACGGUGGACCCGGAGCAGGCCAGAGGGGUGCUCAAGUGCGACAUGUCAGAUCUGUCUCUGAUUGGCUGCCUGGGCUACAGCCUCCUGCUCAUGGUCACAUGCACAGUGUAUGCCAUCAAGGCCCGCGGCGUGCCCGAGACCUUCAACGAGGCCAAGCCCAUUGGCUUCACCAUGUAUACCACCUGCAUCAUCUGGCUGGCAUUUGUGCCCAUCUUCUUUGGCACUGCCCAGUCAGCUGAAAAGAUCUACAUCCAGACAACCACACUGACCGUGUCCUUGAGCCUGAGUGCAUCAGUGUCCCUCGGCAUGCUCUACGUCCCCAAGACUUACGUCAUCCUAUUCCAUCCGGAGCAGAACGUGCAAAAGCGGAAGCGGAGCCUCAAGGCCACGGUGGCAGCCCCACCCAAGGGCGAGGAUGCAGAGGACCACAAGUAGCAGGGCAGGUGGGAAUGAGACUGCUCGCUGCCUCUCCUUUCUUCCUCUGGCUUCACGGUGGAAGCUGUAAAGAGCCCAUGCCUACAGUGAACAGUCAGAGGAAGAGAGUCUGCAAAGACCACGCCCAGCAUGGGUGGGGCUAGCCUUGAGAAGGCACUGGACCCAGUUCUGCCCUGAUUCCAGCACUUGAGCUUCAUGCUUCCUCACCACAGACCAGACUCCCUCCCUGUGGUAGGAAACAGCCACUGAGAAGAUUCUAACUCUAGAGAGGGACUAAACUUGUUCUCUCGUUCGAGGUUUGAAGAUGAUGAUGCAGCCCGCGGCUUUGCCUGGUUUGAGGGAGAUGUCCUCUCCUCAGUCAAGCCCCAUAACCUGGGCAUUGGGCAGUGUGGAGAAACGUGUAGAUCCCAGAAUGAAACAUGGGGUCAGAGAAGAGGAGGAGCUGUCUCAGCAAGAGACCUGUGGCUGUGCAUCUGGA